AUGUCCUGGAGGGCGCGUAUCAAGGGAAAGAAGGCGCCGAAGGGCUGGGAGCUGAUUGAGGAUGCACUGUACGAGUUCGAGGCCCAGUUGAAGGAGGCAGUGAACGAGGACCACGCGGGCAAGCGCCGGGCGGAGCUGUCCUGGAAGAUCCACCGCAUCCACUGGGAGAAGAACCGCUUCAUCUUCGACCUGAUGUACCGGCGCAAGGUCAUGUCGAAGGAGCUGUACGACUGGCUCGCGCGGAACAAGAUCAUCGACGCCGCCCUCAUAGCCAAGUGGCGCAAGCCCGGGUACGAGAACCUGUGUUCCAUCCUGGCGAUCCAGAAGAGCAAUCACAACUUCGGCGGCGUGGCCCUGUGCCGCGUGCCCCUCCGGAAGCGCACCGGCCAGCAGCGCAUCAGUCCCAACGUCAACACUGGCUGCAUCAGCUGCGUCAGCGGCGACGGCAAGUUCGGCGGACCGAUCUGGUGGAACACCCCCAUGGACGACGAAGAGGCCCCGGAGGCGGAGGGUGCCCACAGAAUGACGUGGGGGCCUGCGGGGGGCGCUGCGGCUGGGUCGAAGCGCCCCCGCGAGGAGGAGGAGGAGGAGGAAAUGCCAGAGGAGCUGGGCUGGGAUGGGGUCACCCAACACUACGGUAGUGUUCGGGGGGGAGUGACGUUGAGCAUGGACCGUCCCGGACGGACGCGACGUCUGCGGGCGAAGGGCGAUGGGCAGGAGUACGGGAAGGAGCAGGAGAAGGACGUGUCGGACGGGAAGGCGGACGAGGUGAAGCGGACGAUCAAGGUGACGGUGCUGGGCGCGAAGAAGACUGGGGGUUCGGCCUUGCAACCGCGGUCCUUGGCAGGGCUGGCAAAGGAUCUCCUGGGCGCAUGCUUCCUCGCUGGCCUGUUCGGCGCGUGGUACGCAGCCAAUAUAUACUUCAACAUAUUCAACAAGCAAAUGCUGAACGCCUACCCGCACCCCGCGAUCGCCACGGCCAUCCACCUGGCGGUCGGCAGCAUCAUCAUGUCAGCCCUGUGGGCCACGCGACUCAAGCGACCAAUCAUCCUCACCAAGCGCGUCAUCUCCAUCGUCCUCCCCCUCUCCGUCCUCCACAUGGCGGGCUUCCUGACGACGAACCUGUCGCUGGGCUCCGUGGCCGUGUCGCUCACGCACACGAUCAAGUCCCUCGAGCCCUUCUUCACCGUGAUGCUCUCGUGGUUCUUCCUAGGGUCGGCCCCAACCCUCCCCGUGCUGGUCACGCUCACGCCCAUCGUCGCCGGCGUCAUCAUCGCCAGCCUCACCGACAUCUCCUUCACCUGGCCGGGCUUCCUGUCCGCCAUGGCGUCCAACCUCUGCUUCCAGGGCCGCAACGUGCUGUCGAAGAAGACGAUGGUGCAGUCCUCGCUGGACUCGUUGGAGACGAUGGACUCGUCGCAGCAGGACAUGCAGUCCCUCGACGAGACCAACAUCUUCGCCGCGAUCACGAUCGGCGCGCUCGUCUUCAUCACGCCGCUCGUGUGCUACCUGGACGGGCCAGCCCUCGGCGCCAUCGCGCAGGGCACGUCGACGCUGACGUCCGACGUGCUGAUCAAGGCGGUGCUGGCCGGGGUGUGCCGGUUCGUGGAUGUCCUGGCAUCGUUCGCCAUCCUGCAGCGCGUCACCCCCGUCACGCACUCGGUCGGCAACUGCGUCAAGCGCGUCGUCGUGAUCGCCGCCUCGAUCCUGUUCUUUAAGACGCCGGCGUCGACCCUGAACAUCAUCGGGACGACCCUCGCGCUCGGGGGGGUGUUUGCGUACUCCAUGGCAAAACGCCUCCGCCCCGACACCUCCGCCAUCAUCACCUCCCAGCCUCCGUGGGACAGAAUCGCGACGUCGGUCAUGCGCAAGUUCUCCCAGCCGAGGAAAUACGUGCCUGCGCCUGAUAUGUCGCAAGACACUGAGAAGAAGGACGACGAAGGCAAGGAGCCGGAGUACUUCCUGUGA